AUGGGCUCAGCGGUGGAGCUGGCGCUGCGGCUGCGGGCAGCAUUGCGGGAGGAGGAGCCACGGGCUGUCAAGGAGCUGCUGCGCCAGGGCGCCGACCCCAACCUGGUACUAGUGGACGGUGCGGCGGCGGUCCACCUGGCGGCGGGAGCCCGGCACCCCCGCGCUCUGCGUUGCCUCAAGGCUCUGCUGUGUGGAGGCGGAGACCCCAACCUUCGAUCAGCCGAGGCACUGACACCGUUGCACGUGGCUGCUGCCUGGGGCUGUCGCCGCGGCCUGGAGCUGCUGCUGAGCCAGGGAGCAGACCCCAGGCUGCUUGACCAGGAUGGACUGCGGCCGCUGGACCUGGCGGAACAGCAGGGGCACCAGGACUGUGUGCGCAUCCUGAGGAAGCCCUGGAUGCUGCCUAGGACCCCUACCUGUACCUGGGCAGAGACCCAGGUGCUAGAGCCUGAGCCCAGCGGCUCAGUCCUCAAGAGAACGGGGCUGGAUGCCAACCUCUCUGGACCUCCCACUCUGGACUCCACAGCACUGGGCACAAGUGACAGCAGGGACAUAGAUCUGGAGGCUAGCGCUGGACCCCCCAGCUUCGUUGCCAAUCCUGAGGCUGCUGACAAGAAUGGCAGCUUGGAGUCCCCUCCAGGGUUCUGGGACUGCAGCUCAGAUGCCUCCUUUGUCACAGCAGUUGAGGCCUCUGGAGCCAAAGACCCAGCCCCCCAAACAUCUCCCUGGGCUGGGUUAUUGCCCCAGACUAGGCAGCAACUCCUACCUCAUAUCCAACCACCCCAGAGGGUGCUAAAGUCUCUGCACACCCCACAGUUGGAACAUAGACCUGUCAUGAUGGGCAAGGAGGCUGAAUUAAGAGCCCGUUUACAGGCCCUGACUCUGACCUUGCCAGAAACAGCCCCCUCCCACAUGUCCCCACCAGAUAGGAGCCCAGCCCACAGCCCCCAUCGGGAACCACUGCCUGGACCCCUUGACUUCCACUUCCUAACAGAUGACCCAUCGUCCCUUGACAGUGAGGUGGCCGCCCUCUGGUUGACAGAGGACGAGGCAAGCUCCACAGGUGGCAGAGAUCCAGUCCCCUCUUGCUGGUGCCGGCCGGUCCCAGCCAUGUCUGACCUGGAACUGCUGCAAGAGCUCCAGGCACUUGGCCCAGACUUGUCAGGGCACAGCCCAGAGCUGACUGAGGCCCUGAAGACAGGCCAAAUCCCAGAUGCCCAGGCAGAUGAGGAUGCACUUGCCCAGCAAUUUGAGCAGCCGGAUCCCAGCAGAAGGUGGAGGGAGGGGGUAGUGAAGUCCAGUUUCACAUAUCUGCUGCUGGACCCCAGGAAGACUCAGAACCUGCCAGCCCGAGCCUUCUCACUAACUUGGGCUGAAUGUUUUCGGACUUUUGUCAAAGCCAUCUUCUAUGUGGGCAAGGGGACACGGGCCCGGCCAAAUGUUCACCUGUGGGAGGCCCUUGGCUACCGUGGGCGGUCCGGAAAACAGGCUUGCCCCAAAGUACAGCAGAUCUUGGACAUUUGGGCCAGUGGACGUGGUGUUGUGUCCCUGCAUUGCUUCCAGCAUGUGGUCGCUGUGGAGGCUUACACUCGAGAGGCAUGUCUUGUGGAUGCUCUAGGAAUCCAGAUGCUGACCAACCAGAAACAAGGACACUGCUAUGGAGUGGUGUCGAGCUGGUCACCCACCCGGCGCCGCCGUUUGGGGGUACAUUUGCUGCAUCGUGCCCUCCUUGUUUUCCUGGCUGAGGGUGAGCGAGAAUUGCGACCCCAAGACAUCCAGGCGUGUGGCUGAGCACUGGGGAACUGUCCAGGAUGGAACUGCUGGAGAGGUGGUGAACUCCCUAUCACAGGAGAACAAGUGGACCAGAAGAUUCUUUGGAACAUUUGGUGCUUUGGAACUUGCCAGUGCUUUGGCAG